UAUGUAUAAUAAGAGCUUGACUGCCAAACUGACUCUUUUUAAUAUACUAAUAAAGUAUUGAGACUUUGUUCGUACGAUCAAAAUAGGGGUUAAAAGAAAAUGAGUAAUGGACGAUGAUCACAAGUUACCAAAAGAAUGAAGUAUGGUACUUAAUAAUGUUCGACCCCACGCCCUUGAUCAGUCCAUGUAUAAAAACAUGGCUAAGGCACAAGUUAAAGAAUUCCCCACCAGACCUCUUAACACCAUAAAGAUCCUCUUCUAUCAACUGUCAACUCCUGCCAUAGAGGUACAAGAACGUUCCAGUUCCAAUCUCCAAUCCACAGUACACACACACACAUAUAUCCCCAAAUCAACAAAUCUCACAACAAUUUCCUCCUCUUCCGUCUUCCAAUUGCAUCAAUUUUUGGUGUUAGUUUUGCAUGAUAAUUGAAUCCAGACAACUAAGAUGUUUGAUGUAGGGGAAUUCUCUCCAACUUCUUCAGCUGCUCUUUCUGCAGAGUGUUUCAGCAGUAGCAGUUGCUUCAGCAGUCCAUCAUCCUCAAAGAAGAAGAAAAUCAACAGUAACAACGCGAGGAGGUUCACCGACGAGCAGAUUAAAUCAUUAGAAACCAUAUUCGAAACGGAGACUAAACUUGAGCCAAGAAAGAAGCUGCAACUAGCUAGAGAGCUGGGAUUGCAACCACGACAAGUUGCAAUUUGGUUUCAGAACAAGAGAGCUAGAUGGAAGUCCAAGCAGCUCGAAAGGGAUUACAGCAUACUUAAGUCCAAUUACGACAAUCUUGCUUCCCAAUACGAAUCUUUAAAGAAAGAAAAGCAAUCCUUGCUUAUCCAGUUGCAGAAGCUGAACGAUGUGAUGAAGAAAGAUUCGAUUGGGUUGGAUUCAGACAAAAGAGCGGAUGCUAUUAAGAAAAAUAUUGAAAUGGAUGGGAGGCCAAGCUUGUCAUUUGACUUAUCAGAGCAUGGAGCAAAUGGUGUAAUAUCAGAUGAUGACAGCUGCAUAAAGCCUAAUUAUUUGGGGUUGAAUGAAGAUACAGAUCAUCAUCUACUGAAAAUGGUUGAAGCAGGGGAUAGUUCUUUAACUUCUCCUGAAAAUUGGGGCAGCCUCGAUGAAGAUGGUCUAUUGGACCAGCAGCCUAGUAGUACUACUUAUGACCAGUGGUGGGAUUUCUGGUCUUAGAACCAGAACUGUCGAUCGACAACAUAUACUCAUCGAAAACGUUGGCUUUAAGGAGAUAAAAGUUUUAAAAUAUGAUCAGAUGCCAGCGUCUUGUUGUACAUUUGAUCGAGCACGUUAAGCGAUAAAGAUGCCACACUUUCUUUAGAUCACUUCCAUAAGUGGCAUGGCAUAGAAGACUCAUGAAUGGGUUCACCACUAUAUAGAGGGGAUCUGAGAUUAGCAGCAGCACUUUUGUCUACUGGACAAAUGUAAUCUUGUACUAGUACUAGUCGAUGGUAGUUUUAGUUUGUUUACAAUGAAUUAUUCUAGUGGUAAUACGCAGUAGUAAUAAAUAAAUAAAUAUCAGAACCGAA